AUGCCUCCGUCCACCUCACGACUCUUUCAGCCCAUCCGCGUCGGCGAAAUGGAGCUCGCGCAUCGCGUCGUGUUUGGCCCGACGACGCGUUUCCGCGCGAGCAAGGUGCACGUGCCCCUACCGCAUGUCGUGGAGUACUACGAGCAGCGUGCGAGCACGCCCGGGACAUUCAUCGUCACCGAGGCCAACUUCAUUGCACCGUGCGCGGGCGGGAACCGAAACGCGCCGGGCAUCUGGUCGGACGAGCAGAUAUCAGCUUGGAAAACGAUUGUUGACCGUGUUCAUGCCAAGGGAUGCUUCAUGUACCUCCAGCUGUGGGCCACUGGCCGGGCGGCGGAGCCUGACGUGCUUGAAGAGGAGGGCGGGCUCGCCUACGUCUCCGCCUCCAAUGUCCAGCAGAACGACCGCGAUCGCCCGCCACGGGCUUUGACAACAGAAGAGCUUAACGAAUACCUUGAGCUGUAUGCCGUUGCUGCGUCCAACGCUGUGCACAAAGCGGGCUUCGACGGAGUCGACAUCCACGGCGCCAACGGGUACCUGCUGAACCAGUUCUUCAACCCGAAAACCAAUGACAGGAUGGACGAAUAUGGAGGCGCGUCUAUCGAGAACAGGGCCCGGUUUCCGCUGGCAGUGGUCGAGGCGGUGACGAAAGCCGUCGGGCAGAGCAGAACGGGGUUCCGCGUUAGCCCAUGGGGGACGUUUAACGACAUGUACUUUGAAGACCCGAUCCCCACCUACACAUACCUUGUCACCCAGCUCCGUGACCGCUUUCCGGACCUCGCUUACCUCGCCGUCGUAGAGCCGCGCUUCGACGGCGCCCAAGACGUCGCAUUCGUGCCUGAGGGCAGCUCCAACGACUUCAUCCGUGCCAUCUGGGAUCGUCGUCCGCUCAUCAGCGGUGGUGGAUCGACGCGUGCGACGGCGAUCCAAGCUGCGGACGACAAGGGCGACCUCGUCGCGUUUUCGCGGCUGUUUAUAUCCAAUCCCGACCUGCCAUUCCGUUUGCUGCACGAUAUACCGCUCACGAAGGCCGAUCGCGCGUUCUUUUAUUGCCCGGGGAGUGUAGAUCCCAAGGGAUACACCGAUUACCCGUUUGCCUACACCGGUUGA